AGUAAGGAGAGCGACGAGGAUGAUGACCUUAUUGGCCCACCAAUACCACUUGAGUUAUCUACUACUUUAGAUACAAAAAAGGAUUCAGAUACGAGAAAAAAGAAGGAAGAGGACGACGACGAGAGCGACAAUGAUGAUAACGAAGAAUCAUCUGACACCGAAGAAGAAAUAACGCUGAAAAAUAAAAUUCCUUGCAUUCAAGAGGUCUCAAUGGUUCAUGGCACUAAAGCAGUCAUUGCAAUCGCAGCGGAUCCAUCUGGAGCUCGAUUAGCAUCAGGAUCUGUCGAUUACGACGUCUGCUUCUGGGAUUUUGCUGGUAUGGACACGUCUAUGAAAAGUUUCAGGACCUUACAGCCCUGUGAAAACCAUCCUAUCAAGUGUUUGCAGUAUUCCAUGACAGGAGAUGUGAUACUGGUGAUAUCCGGAUCGGCGCAGGCAAAAGUCUUGGAUCGAGACGGCUUCGAGAAGUGUGAAACUGUGAAAGGCGAUCAGUACAUCACAGACAUGGCGCGUACAAAAGGUCAUACUGCUAGUCUGAACAGUGGCUGUUGGCAUCCGUUCAUUAAAGAGGAAUAUCUGACUUGUUCUCAAGACAGCACUUGCAGAAUAUGGGUACUUUAUAGACCACGUGGACACAAGAAUCUGAUAAAAUGCAGAGCGCAAAAUGGUGUGAAGACUAUACCUACCACUUGCGCUUACAGUCGAGAAGGCGCAGCUGUCGCGUGCGGAUGUAUUGAUGGCUCAAUUCAGAUGUGGGAUCACAGAAAGAACUUUGUGAACCCGUCUCUCAUUCUGAGAAACGCGCACAUGCAGGGCAGCGAAAUAUCAAGCUUGAGCUUUUCAUACCUUGGACAGAUGCUGGCAAGCAGAGCUUGUGACGAUACUCUGAAACUGUGGGACUUGCGAGCGUUUAAAUCGCCAGUCUUCGAAACAAAGGGAUUGUACUCGCGUUACGAUACAACGGAUUGCAUGUUCAGCCCGGAUGAUUCGAUGAUUGUUACAGGAGAAUCCUUAAAUAAGGGGAUAACAACUGGCAGGAUAUUAUUCUAUGACAGUAAAACGUUUGACUUGGUCAGGGAAAUUCCUGUGACAAAUUCACAUGUAAUCAAAACACUGUGGCAUCCAAAGUUAAACCAGGUGUUUGUCGGCUGUGGCAACGGCAUUGUCAAAGUUUACUAUGAUCCCAAGAAGAGCAUGAGAGGCGCCAAGUUGUGUGUUGUCAAGACACACAUGAAGCAGAAGCACAUCGAGAUAAUGUCUACUCAACAGAUUAUAACGCCUCACGCACUCCCCUUAUUCCGCCAGGACAGACCCAAGUCAGUUCGCAAGCAGAUGGAAAAAGAUAGGCUUGAUCCAGUUAAAUCGAGACGCCCUGAUCUGCCUAUCACCUCUGGACAAGGCGGAAGAGUAGCAUCUUCAGGAGGAACGCUCAGUUCUUAUGUCAUACGUAAUCUCGGACUGAGCAAACGAAUAGAGGACGAUCAGGAUCCCAGGGAAGCUAUUCUGAAGUACGCAAAAAUAGCGGAAGAGGAGCCAUACUGGAUCGCACCAGCAUACAAGAAGACUCAACCAAAAACAAUUUUCCAACCCGAUGAUCCAGAAAGUGGACCGAGUAAUAAGAAGCAGAAAACGUAAAUUGAUAUAUUGUAUAUACAACCGUGUCACAUGUGUAAUUUUGUGUAUCUGUAUAGUGCGUAUAUGGUGAAUUUUGUUUAAACACACAACUUUAUUGUAAUAUAAGUUAUAUUUCAUAAGAAUAUUGUACAUAAUGCAUUAUA